AUGCAACACCCAAAUUUCUUCACUCUCCCCACAACAAACCAUCCCCACACCAUCAAAACCAGAUGCAACCACCCAAAUUUCUUCACUCUCCCCACAACAAACCAUCCCCACACCAUCAAAACCAGAUGCAACCACCCAAAUUUCUUCACUCUCCCCACAACAAACCAUCCCCACACCAUCAAAACCAGAUGCAACCACCCAAAUUUCUUCACUCUCCCCACAACAAACCAUCCCCACACCAUCAAAACCAGAUGCAACCACCCAAAUUUCUUCACUCUCCCCACAACAAACCAUCCCCACACCAUCAAAACCAGAUGCAACCACCCAAAUUUCUUCACUCUCCCCACAACAAACCAUCCCCACACCAUCAAAACCAGAUGCAACCACCCAAAUUUCUUCACUCUCCCACAACAAACCAUCCCCACACCAUCAAAACCAGAUGCAACCACCCAAAUUUCUUCACUCUCCCCACAACAAACCAUCCCACACCAUCAAAACCAGAUGCAACCACCCAAAUUUCUUCACUCUCCCACAACAAAAACCAUCCCCACACCAUCAAAACCAGAUGCAACCACCCAAAUUUCUUCACUCUCCCCACAACAAACCAUCCCCACACCAUCAAAACCAGAUGCAACCACCCAAAUUUCUUCACUCUCCCCACAACAAACCAUCCCCACACCAUCAAAACCAGAUGCAACCACCCAAAUUUCUUCACUCUCCCCACAACAAACCAUCCCCACACCAUCAAAACCAGAUGCAACCACCCAAAUUUCUUCACUCUCCCCACAACAAACCAUCCCCACACCAUCAAAACCAGAUGCAACCACCCAAAUUUCUUCACUCUCCCCACAACAAACCAUCCCCACACCAUCAAAACCAGAUGCAACCACCCAAAUUUCUUCACUCUCCCCACAACAAACCAUCCCCACACCAUCAAAACCAGAUGCAACCACCCAAAUUUCUUCACUCUCCCCACAACAAACCAUCCCCACACCAUCAAAACCAGAUGCAACCACCCAAAUUUCUUCACUCUCCCCACAACAAACCAUCCCCACACCAUCAAAACCAGAUGCAACCACCCAAAUUUCUUCACUCUCCCCACAACAAACCAUCCCCACACCAUCAAAACCAGAUGCAACCACCCAAAUUUCUUCACUCUCCCCACAACAAACCAUCCCCACACCAUCAAAACCAGAUGCAACCACCCAAAUUUCUUCACUCUCCCCACAACAAACCAUCCCCACACCAUCAAAACCAGAUGCAACCACCCAAAUUUCUUCACUCUCCCCACAACAAACCAUCCCCACACCAUCAAAACCAGAUGCAACCACCCAAAUUUCUUCACUCUCCCCACAACAAACCAUCCCCACACCAUCAAAACCAGAUGCAACCACCCAAAUUUCUUCACUCUCCCCACAACAAACCAUCCCCACACCAUCAAAACCAGAUGCAACCACCCAAAUUUCUUCACUCUCCCACAACAAACCAUCCCCACACCAUCAAAACCAGAUGCAACCACCCAAAUUUCUUCACUCUCCCCACAACAAACCAUCCCCACACCAUCAAAACCAGAUGCAACCACCCAAAUUUCUUCACUCUCCCCACAACAAACCAUCCCCACACCAUCAAAACCAGAUGCAACCACCCAAAUUUCUUCACUCUCCCCACAACAAACCAUCCCCACACCAUCAAAACCAGAUGCAACCACCCAAAUUUCUUCACUCUCCCCACAACAAACCAUCCCCACACCAUCAAAACCAGAUGCAACCACCCAAAUUUCUUCACUCUCCCCACAACAAACCAUCCCCACACCAUCAAAACCAGAUGCAACCACCCAAAUUUCUUCACUCUCCCCACAACAAACCAUCCCCACACCAUCAAAACCAUCCCCACAACAAACCAUCCCCACACCAUCAAAACCAGAUGCAACCACCCAAAUUUCUUCACUCUCCCCAACAACAAACCAUCCCCACACCAUCAAAACCAGAUGCAACCACCCAAAUUUCUUCACUCUCCCCACAACAAACCAUCCCCACACCAUCAAAACCAGAUGCAACCACCCAAAUUUCUUCACUCUCCCCACAACAAACCAUCCCCACACCAUCAAAACCAGAUGCAACCACCCAAAUUUCUUCACUCUCCCACAACAAACCAUCCCCACACCAUCAAAACCAGAUGCAACCACCCAAAUUUCUUCACUCUCCCCACAACAAACCAUCCCCACACCAUCAAAACCAGAUGCAACCACCCAAAUUUCUUCACUCUCCCCACAACAAACCCCCCACACCAUCAAAACCAGAUGCAACCACCCAAAUUUCUUCACUCUCCCCACAACAAACCAUCCCCACACCAUCAAAACCAGAUGCAACCACCCAAAUUUCUUCACUCUCCCCACAACAAACCAUCCCCACACCAUCAAAACCAGAUGCAACCACCCAAAUUUCUUCACUCUCCCCACAACAAACCAUCCCCACACCAUCAAAACCAGAUGCAACCACCCAAAUUUCUUCACUCUCCCACAACAAACCAUCCCCACACCAUCAAAACCAGAUGCAACCACCCAAAUUUCUUCACUCUCCCCACAACAAACCAUCCCCACACCAUCAAAACCAGAUGCAACCACCCAAAUUUCUUCACUCUCCCCACAACAAACCAUCCCCACACCAUCAAAACCAGAUGCAACCACCCAAAUUUCUUCACUCUCCCCACAACAAACCAUCCCCACACCAUCAAAACCAGAUGCAACCACCCAAAUUUCUUCACUCUCCCCACAACAAACCAUCCCCACACCAUCAAAACCAGAUGCAACCACCCAAAUUUCUUCACUCUCCCCACAACAAACCAUCCCCACACCAUCAAAACCAGAUGCAACCACCCAAAUUUCUUCACUCUCCCACAACAAACCAUCCCCACACCAUCAAAACCAGAUGCAACCACCCAAAUUUCUUCACUCUCCCCACAACAAACCAUCCCCACACCAUCAAAACCAGAUGCAACCACCCAAAUUUCUUCACUCUCCCCACAACAAACCAUCCCCACACCAUCAAAACCAGAUGCAACCACCCAAAUUUCUUCACUCUCCCACAACAAACCAUCCCCACACCAUCAAAACCAGAUGCAACCACCCAAAUUUCUUCACUCUCCCACAACAAACCAUCCCCACACCAUCAAAACCAGAUGCAACCACCCAAAUUUCUUCACUCUCCCCACAACAAACCAUCCCCACACCAUCAAAACCAUCCCCACAACAAACCAUCCCCACACCAUCAAAACCAGAUGCAACCACCCAAAUUUCUUCACUCUCCCCACAACAAACCAUCCCCACACCAUCAAAACCAGAUGCAACCACCCAAAUUUCUUCACUCUCCCCACAACAAACCAUCCCCACACCAUCAAAACCAUCCCCACAACAAACCAUCCCCACACCAUCAAAACCAGAUGCAACCACCCAAAUUUCUUCACUCUCCCCACAACAAACCAUCCCCACACCAUCAAAACCAUCCCCACAACAAACCAUCCCCACACCAUCAAAACCAGAUGCAACCACCCAAAUUUCUUCACUCUCCCCACAACAAACCAUCCCCACACCAUCAAAACCAGAUGCAACCACCCAAAUUUCUUCACUCUCCCCACAACAAACCAUCCCCACACCAUCAAAACCAGAUGCAACCACCCAAAUUUCUUCACUCUCCCCACAACAAACCAUCCCCACACCAUCAAAACCAGAUGCAACCACCCAAAUUUCUUCACUCUCCCCACAACAAACCAUCCCCACACCAUCAAAACCAGAUGCAACCACCCAAAUUUCUUCACUCUCCCCACAACAAACCAUCCCCACACCAUCAAAACCAGAUGCAACCACCCAAAUUUCUUCACUCUCCCCACAACAAACCAUCCCCACACCAUCAAAACCAGAUGCAACCACCCAAAUUUCUUCACUCUCCCCACAACAAACCAUCCCCACACCAUCAAAACCAGAUGCAACCACCCAAAUUUCUUCACUCUCCCCACAACAAACCAUCCCCACACCAUCAAAACCAGAUGCAACCACCCAAAUUUCUUCACUCUCCCCACAACAAACCAUCCCCACACCAUCAAAACCAGAUGCAACCACCCAAAUUUCUUCACUCUCCCACAACAAACCAUCCCCACACCAUCAAAACCAGAUGCAACCACCCAAAUUUCUUCACUCUCCCCACAACAAACCAUCCCCACACCAUCAAAACCAGAUGCAACCACCCAAAUUUCUUCACUCUCCCCACAACAAACCAUCCCCACACCAUCAAAACCAGAUGCAACCACCCAAAUUUCUUCACUCUCCCCACAACAAACCAUCCCCACACCAUCAAAACCAGAUGCACCACCCAAAUUUCUUCACUUCCCCACAACAAACAUCCCCACACCAUCAAAACCAGAUGCAACCACCCAAAUUUCUUCACUCUCCCCACAACAAACCAUCCCCACACCAUCAAAACCAGAUGCAACCACCCAAAUUUCUUCACUCUCCCCACAACAAACCAUCCCCACACCAUCAAAACCAGAUGCAACCACCCAAUUUCUUCACUCUCCCCACAACAAACCAUCCCCACACCAUCAAAACCAGAUGCAACCACCCAAAUUUCUUCACUCUCCCACAACAAACCAUCCCCACACCAUCAAAACCAGAUGCAACCACCCAAAUUUCUUCACUCUCCCCAACAAACCAUCCCCACACCAUCAAAACCAGAUGCAACCACCCAAAUUUCUUCACUCCCCCACAACAAACCAUCCCCACACCAUCAAAACCAGAUGCAACCACCCAAAUUUCUUCACUCUCCCCACAACAAACCAUCCCCACACCAUCAAAACCAGAUGCAACCACCCAAAUUUCUUCACUCUCCCCACAACAAACCAUCCCCACACCAUCAAAAACCAGAUGCAACCACCCAAAUUUCUUCACUCUCCCCACAACAAACCAUCCCCACACCAUCAAAAACCAGAUGCAACCACCCAAAUUUCUUCACUCUCCCCACAACAAACCAUCCCCACACCAUCAAAACCAGAUGCAACCACCCAAAUUUCUUCACUCUCCCACAACAAACCAUCCCCACACCAUCAAAACCAGAUGCAACCACCCAAAUUUCUUCACUCUCCCCACAACAAACCAUCCCCACACCACCAAAACCAUCCCCACAACAAACCAUCCCCACACCAUCAAAACCAGAUGCAACCACCCAAAUUUCUUCACUCUCCCCACAACAAACCAUCCCCACACCAUCAAAACCAGAUGCAACCACCCAAAUUUCUUCACUCUCCCCACAACAAACCAUCCCCACACCAUCAAAACCAGAUGCAACCACCCAAAUUUCUUCACUCUCCCCACAACAAACCAUCCCCACACCAUCAAAACCAGAUGCAACCACCCAAAUUUCUUCACUCUCCCCACAACAAACCAUCCCCACACCAUCAAAACCAGAUGCAACCACCCAAAUUUCUUCACUCUCCCCACAACAAACCAUCCCACACCAUCAAAACCAGAUGCAACCACCCAAAUUUCUUCACUCUCCCCACAACAAACCAUCCCCACACCAUCAAAACCAGAUGCAACCACCCAAAUUUCUUCACUCUCCCCACAACAAACCAUCCCCACACCAUCAAAACCAGAUGCAACCACCCAAAUUUCUUCACUCUCCCCACAACAAACCAUCCCCACACCAUCAAAACCAGAUGCAACCACCCAAAUUUCUUCACUCUCCCCACAACAAACCAUCCCCACACCAUCAAAACCAGAUGCAACCACCCAAAUUUCUUCACUCUCCCCACAACAAACCAUCCCCACACCAUCAAAACCAGAUGCAACCACCCAAAUUUCUUCACUCUCCCCACAACAAACCAUCCCCACACCAUCAAAACCAGAUGCAACCACCCAAAUUUCUUCACUCUCCAACAACCAAACAUCCCCACACCAUCAAAACCAGAUGCAACCACCCAAAUUUCUUCACUCUCCCACAACAAACCAUCCCCACACCAUCAAAACCAGAUGCAACCACCCAAAUUUCUUCACUCUCCCCACAACAAACCAUCCCCACACCAUCAAAACCAGAUGCAACCACCCAAAUUUCUUCACUCUCCCCACAACAAACCAUCCCCACACCAUCAAAACCAGAUGCAACCACCCAAAUUUCUUCACUCUCCCCACAACAAACCAUCCCCACACCAUCAAAACCAGAUGCAACCACCCAAAUUUCUUCACUCUCCCCACAACAAACCAUCCCCACACCAUCAAAACCAGAUGCAACCACCCAAAUUUCUUCACUCUCCCCACAACAAACCAUCCCCACACCAUCAAAACCAGAUGCAACCACCCAAAUUUCUUCACUCUCCCCACAACAAACCAUCCCCACACCAUCAAAACCAGAUGCAACCACCCAAAUUUCUUCACUCUCCCCACAACAAACCAUCCCCACACCAUCAAAACCAGAUGCAACCACCCAAAUUUCUUCACUCUCCCCACAACAAACCAUCCCCACACCAUCAAAACCAGAUGCAACCACCCAAAUUUCUUCACUCUCCCCACAACAAACCAUCCCCACACCAUCAAAACCAGAUGCAACCACCCAAAUUUCUUCACUCUCCCCAAACAAACCAUCCCCACACCAUCAAAACCAGAUGCAACCACCCAAAUUUCUUCACUCUCCCCACAACAAACCAUCCCCACACCAUCAAAACCAGAUGCAACCACCCAAAUUUCUUCACUCUCCCCACAACAAACCAUCCCCACACCAUCAAAACCAGAUGCAACCACCCAAAUUUCUUCACUCUCCCCACAACAAACCAUCCCCACACCAUCAAAACCAGAUGCAACCACCCAAAUUUCUUCACUCUCCCCACAACAAACCAUCCCCACACCAUCAAAACCAGAUGCAACCACCCAAAUUUCUUCACUCUCCCCACAACAAACCAUCCCCACACCAUCAAAACCAGAUGCAACCACCCAAAUUUCUUCACUCUCCCCACAACAAACCAUCCCCACACCAUCAAAACCAGAUGCAACCACCCAAAUUUCUUCACUCUCCCCACAACAAACCAUCCCCACACCAUCAAAACCAGAUGCAACCACCCAAAUUUCUUCACUCUCCCCACAACAAACCAUCCCCACACCAUCAAAACCAGAUGCAACCACCCAAAUUUCUUCACUCUCCCCACAACAAACCAUCCCCACACCAUCAAAACCAGAUGCAACCACCCAAAUUUCUUCACUCUCCCCACAACAAACCAUCCCCACACCAUCAAAACCAGAUGCAACCACCCAAAUUUCUUCACUCUCCCACAACAAACCAUCCCCACACCAUCAAAACCAGAUGCAACCACCCAAAUUUCUUCACUCUCCCCACAACAAACCAUCCCCACACCAUCAAAACCAGAUGCAACCACCCAAAUUUCUUCACUCUCCCCACAACAAACCAUCCCCACACCAUCAAAACCAGAUGCAACCACCCAAAUUUCUUCACUCUCCCCACAACAAACCAUCCCCACACCAUCAAAACCAGAUGCAACCACCCAAAUUUCUUCACUCUCCCCACAACAAACCAUCCCCACACCAUCAAAACCAGAUGCAACCACCCAAAUUUCUUCACUCUCCCCACAACAAACCAUCCCCACACCAUCAAAACCAGAUGCAACCACCCAAAUUUCUUCACUCUCCCCACAACAAACCAUCCCCACACCAUCAAAACCAGAUGCAACCACCCAAAUUUCUUCACUCUCCCCACAACAAACCAUCCCCACACCAUCAAAACCAGAUGCAACCACCCAAAUUUCUUCACUCUCCCCACAACAAACCAUCCCCACACCAUCAAAACCAGAUGCAACCACCCAAAUUUCUUCACUCUCCCCACAACAAACCAUCCCCACACCAUCAAAACCAGAUGCAACCACCCAAAUUUCUUCACUCUCCCCACAACAAACCAUCCCCACACCAUCAAAACCAGAUGCAACCACCCAAAUUUCUUCACUCUCCCCACAACAAACCAUCCCCACACCAUCAAAACCAGAUGCAACCACCCAAAUUUCUUCACUCUCCCCACAACAAACCAUCCCCACACCAUCAAAACCAGAUGCAACCACCCAAAUUUCUUCACUCUCCCACAACAAACCAUCCCCACACCAUCAAAACCAGAUGCAACCACCCAAAUUUCUUCACUCUCCCCACAACAAACCAUCCCCACACCAUCAAAACCAGAUGCAACCACCCAAAUUUCUUCACUCUCCCCACAACAAACCAUCCCCACACCAUCAAAACCAGAUGCAACCACCCAAAUUUCUUCACUCUCCCCACAACAAACCAUCCCCACACCAUCAAAACCAGAUGCAACCACCCAAAUUUCUUCACUCUCCCCACAACAAACCAUCCCCACACCAUCAAAACCAGAUGCAACCACCCAAAUUUCUUCACUCUCCCCACAACAAACCAUCCCCACACCAUCAAAACCAGAUGCAACCACCCAAAUUUCUUCACUCUCCCCACAACAAACCAUCCCCACACCAUCAAAACCAGAUGCAACCACCCAAAUUUCUUCACUCUCCCCACAACAAACCAUCCCCACACCAUCAAAACCAGAUGCAACCACCCAAAUUUCUUCACUCUCCCCACAACAAACCAUCCCCACACCAUCAAAACCAGAUGCAACCACCCAAAUUUCUUCACUCUCCCCACAACAAACCAUCCCCACACCAUCAAAACCAGAUGCAACCACCCAAAUUUCUUCACUCUCCCCACAACAAACCAUCCCCACACCAUCAAAACCAGAUGCAACCACCCAAAUUUCUUCACUCUCCCACAACAAACCAUCCCCACACCAUCAAAACCAGAUGCAACCACCCAAAUUUCUUCACUCUCCCCACAACAAACCAUCCCCACACCAUCAAAACCAGAUGCAACCACCCAAAUUUCUUCACUCUCCCCACAACAAACCAUCGUGCUCCAACGACACAUUCUCCACUUAA